AAGGAGAAGAAGAGAACGCAACAGUAAUGUUAACAAAGACAGAAAGAUAGCGAUAAAGUUAAAGUUAAAUAUUGAAUUGUUUUAGCACCCGCCGAAGAGGCACAAGCUCUUACGGUGGUUUAUUGGUUGACAACGGAAGGAUUUCAGUAAAACAAGAAAACCAUCAGUUUAAGUCUUGACCAUUUAUCGGUGGGGAUGCUACAGUAAGAGCUUCACCUGCACCUGCUUCAUCGAACUGCCAACGUAAUCCAUGGACGGCACGGCGCGACUGCAGUGAGUUUUAGCAGGAUGGCUAACGGAGACGGUAAGGAAAAUUAAAUGCAAAAUGGACGAAUCUAAGCAACUGAUAAAGAAGCUACAAACGGAUUCAAACCACACAGUCCUUCAGUAAAUCUUUCCUUUGACCCAUAAGACUAAAUAGUUCCUCAUGAAUCUGCCCUCUCUGCUCAGCCUGCUCUGCUCAGCCUGGCCUCAGUCCAACACCACACCUCCUAGAGCUAUUUGCACAAACAGGAAGUCUCUGCCACUCUCUCUGUGACGCAGUUUCACAGAAACGAAACCUGACUCAAUCUCUUUCACAAAAACAAAACUCAGCUCAGUGUCUGUCAGAAAGCCACAGAAAAACUCUGUCUCUGUCAGUGUGAGCAGUGAAAUGGCUGAGGCCAAUAUCUCUGUGGAUCAGGACCAGUUCAGCUGUUCAAUCUGUCUGGAUAUACUGAAGGAUCCAGUGACUAUUCACUGUGGACACAGUUACUGUAUGGGCUGUAUUAAGGACUGCUGGGAUCAGGAUGAUCAUAUUGGUGUCUACAGCUGUCCCCAGUGCAGACAGACCUUCACCCCAAGGCCUGUUCUGGGCAGAAACACCAUGCUGGCUGAAGUGGUGGAGAAACUGAAGAAGACAGGACUCCAAGCUGCUCCUCCUGCUCACUGUUACGCUGGACCUGGAGACGUGGCGUGUGAUGUCUGCACUGGGAGAAAGCACAAAGCCAUCAAGUCCUGUCUGGUAUGUCUGGCAUCUUACUGUGAAAUUCACCUCCAGCCUCACUAUGAAUCUCCUGCCUUUAAAAAACACAAACUGGUCAAAGCCACUGGAAACCUGCAGGAGAAGAUCUGCUCUAAUCAUGACAAACUGUUGGAAGUGUUCUGUCGUACUGAUCAGCAGUGUAUCUGUCUGCUGUGUGUGAUGGAUGAACACAGUGGCCAUAAAACAGUCUCAGCUGCAGCAGAAAGGACAGAGAAACAGAAGCAGCUGGGGGUGACACGGAGUAAGUUCCAGCAGGGAAUCCAGGAGAGAGAGAAGGAGCUGCAGGAUCUGAGACAGGCUGUGCAGUCACUCAAGCGCUCUGCACAGACAGCAGUGGAGGACAGUGAGAGGAUCUUUACUGAGCUGAUCAGCUCCAUUGAGAGAAGGCUCUCUGAGGUGAAAGAGCUGAUCAGAGAUCAGGAGAAGGCUGAAGUGAGUCGGGCUGAAGGACUCCUGGAGCGACUGGAGCAGGAGAUUGCUGAGCUGAGGAGGAGAGAGGCUGAGCUGGAGCAGCUUUCACACACAGAGGAUCACAUCCAUUUCCUCCAGAGCUGUCAGUCCCUCUGUGCCCCUCCUGGACCUGGAGACCCUCCCAGCAUCACUGUCAGUCCAAACGUCUCUUUUGAGGCUGUGAGGAAAUCUGUCUCUGAACUGAAAGAGCGACUGGAGGAUGUUUUCAAGGCGGAGUUCAAAGUUUCUGGAAGAGUGGAAGAAGUCUCUGUUCUAGAGCCCCAGACCAGACAGGACUUCUUACAAUUGGAAGAAGUCUCUGUUCUAGAGCCCCAGACCAGACAGGACUUCUUACAAUAUGGCUGUCAGCUCACACUGGACCCCAACACAGCGCACAGAUACCUCCGUCUGUCUGAGGGGAACAGAGAGGUGACCCGUGUGGGAGAGAUCCAGUCAUAUCCUGAUCAUCCAGAGAGAUUUGAGCGUUACACCCAAGUGUUGUGCAGAGAGGGUGUGUCUGGACGCUGUUACUGGGAGGCUGAGAGGAGUGGGGGUGUGGUUGAUAUAGCAGUGUCAUAUAAAGAGAUCAGGAGGAAAGGGCGGGGUAUUGACUGUGGAAUGGGAUGUAAUGACAAGUCCUGGGCUUUGCGCUGCUCUCCCUCCAGUUACUAUUUCAGGCACAAUCAUAAGGACACUGAAAUCCCUGUUCCCUCCUCCUCCAGAAUAGGAGUGUACCUGGAUCACAGGACAGGAACUCUGUCCUUCUACAGCGUCUCUGACACAAUGACCCUCCUGCACAGAGUCCAGACCACAUUCACUCAGCCCCUCUAUCCUGGGUUUUGGGUUGUUUGGUCUGGAUCCUCUGUAAAACUGUGUGAUCUGGGAUGAGGCAGAGAGUGAAGGGAAGAUCAGCUGUAAUGAGAGAGAGAGAGAGAGAGAGAGAGAGAGAGAGAGAGAGAGGUGAACAAAAAAUGAUAUAUAUAUUUUUUAUAAGUGGCUUCAGGGCACAUCUCAAUAGUCCAGAACAAAAAAUGAUUCCUUUUUCAAAAAGAGGAAAAAAAUUAAGUGGCCAAAAAAAUAGGAACACUGGAAAGAAAGAAAAAGAACAAAAAAGUGGAAUUCACGUGACCGCGUUCGUCCGUGGUUAUCAGUGGCAGGCCGUCCAAUCCGCUCCUUUCCCUGGGAAGUCCCCCUUCUCCGCCUUGUGGCCCGUCUCUCGUUAGGGAUCCUCACACGCACUGGCUCCGGGUCUCUCCUCCUCUGUCAUGAGCCCCGCUCUGUUCUCCAGCGCGGCUUUUUGUGGGGCGUCUCUCUCUUUCUCCAACUCGGCCCAGCCGCGCCUGUCCAAUCAGAAAUGAUGAGGAGUGAGUGUUGGCGUUCCCCACGCGCCUCUCCCCGGUGGUGCUGACUCUCCCCCCGGCUCUCUCCAAGGUGCCACUCUGUUAAAUACCAUAUUGGGAAAUAUACGUUGUUCAUUACUUUCCCAGCUCUUGGCGCUGGCGCACGGGUCGUUCCGCUCCAGCGAUCCCCGAUCGGGCCACACCAUGGUAACCAGGUCUGAUGGGUUCUUUGUUCUGUAAAUCGUGUGGAAAAGGUUUGGCUGAUGCCAAUAAAGCCAUUUGAAUUUGAGAGAGGGAGAGGGAGAGAGACAGAGAGGGAGAGAUGGGGAGAGAGAGAGAAGGAGAUAGAGAGAGAAAGAGAGGCAGGGGGAUAGAGAGGAGAAAGAGAAAGAUAUAUACAUACACAUGGUCUGAUGGGUUCUUUGUACAUUGGCUUCCUGUCCGUUACAGAAUAAAUUAAAACAUUUUAUUAUUUGUUUUUAAGGCAAUGAAUGGUCUAGCACCUACGUACUUGUCUGAACUGCUCAAUAUGUAUACCCCAGCUAGAUCACUUAGAUCAUGCAAUCAGCAACUUUUGGAUGUCCCUAUGUCGAGGAGAGCUAGGAGGGGUGACCGGGCCUUUGAGGUAGCUGGCCCCAAGUUGUGGAACAGCCACAUAUUAAAUCUGCCCAAAACAUAAUGUUUUUAAAUCCUUGUUAAAAACCCACCUUUUUAGUGAGGCCUUUAUGUCAGACAUAAAUGGGAAAUCCAGAUAAUGUACAUGUAUUUCAUUUUAUUUCUUUUUAUUUCAUUUUAUUUCUUUUUAUCUCAUUUUAUUUCAUUUUAUCUUUCAUUUUAUUGCCUGGUUUUGUACAGCACUUUGGUCAACCAUGGUUGUUUUAAAUGUGCUUUUUAAAUAAAGUUUAUUAUUAUUAUUA